GAGAGCAGCGUUUGACCGGUAGUAACCCCGGCGCUCGGCACAGCCGAAUCUAUAAAAGGAACUAGUCGCGGCAAAACCCAGCAAUUCCGAGGGCGAGCGAUCCGGCCGGGACCGGCCGAGCCCACUUCUCCCUCCGCGGCGCAGUGCAAAGCUGGGUAGGGGUCGCCGCGGCACCCGCGCAGCCACAGCCGGCUUGGGGAGCUGCUCUGCUCCCUGUUUCUCCCCCCCCCCCCACUUUCUCUCCCUUUUCUGGAAGGGUUUGUGCAGGGCUGGGGGAAAACAAAUACAAACGGCAAAGUGGAAAACAGUUAAUGACCAGCCACGGCGUCACUGCUGUGUGCUCCGGCCGCUUCCUCCAGGACUUCCGAGCCACAUACUCUGGUGGCUGUGGGUGCUGGCAGAGGUAACAUGGCUUGUUGGCCUCAGUUGAGGCUGCUGCUGUGGAAGAACCUGACAUUUCGAAGAAGGCAAACAUGUCAGCUGUUACUGGAAGUGGCCUGGCCUCUCUUUAUCUUCCUGAUUCUGAUCUCUGUCCGCCUGAGCUACCCACCCUACGAACAACAUGAGUGCCAUUUUCCAAAUAAAGCCAUGCCUUCCGCAGGAACCCUUCCCUGGGUACAGGGGAUUAUCUGUAAUGCCAAUAACCCUUGCUUCCGUUAUCCAACUCCUGGUGAGGCUCCUGGCGUUGUUGGCAACUUUAACAAGUCGAUUGUGUCUCGCCUGUUCUCGGAUGCCCGGAGGCUUCUUUUGUACAGCCAAAAAGACACCAGCAUAAAGGACAUGCACAAGGUCCUGAGAACGUUACGACAGAUCAAACAUUCCAACUCCAAGUUGAAGCUCCAGGAUUUCCUGGUGGACAAUGAAACGUUCUCUGGAUUCCUGUAUCACAAUCUGUCUCUGCCAAGGCCCACUGUGGACAGCCUGCUGCAGGCUGAUGUCAGUCUCCAGAAGGUGUUUUUACAAGGGUACCAGUUACAUUUGGCCAAUCUGUGUAAUGGAUCAAAAUUAGAAGAGCUCAUUCAUCUUGGCGACCUGGAAGUGUCUGCCCUUUGUGGCCUGCCGAGGGAGAAGCUAGACGCAGCGGAGCGAGUGCUGCGUUAUAACGUGGACAUCCUGAAGCCCAUCGUGACAAGACUAAACUCCACAUCUCCUCUCCUGACCCAGCAUCUGGCUGAAGCCACCAAAAUGCUGCUGGACAGCUUAGGGAACCUGGCGCAAGAGCUGUUCAGCACAAAGAGCUGGAGCGACAUGCGGCAGGAGGUGAUGUUUCUGACCAACGUGAACAGCUCCAGCUCCUCCACCCAAAUAUACCAGGCUGUGUCCCGCAUUGUCUGUGGUCACCCGGAGGGAGGGGGCCUGAAGAUCAAGUCCCUCAACUGGUACGAGGAUAACAACUACAAAGCCCUCUUUGGAGGCAACGGCACCGAGGACGACAUGGACACUUUCUAUGACAACUCCACAACUCCUUACUGCAAUGAUAUGAUGAAGAACUUGGAGUCCAGUCCUCUUUCUCGAAUUAUUUGGAAGGCACUCAAGCCCCUGCUUAUGGGGAAGAUUCUCUACACACCUGACACUCCAGCUACAAGGCAGGUCAUGGCUGAGGUGAACAAGACCUUCCAGGAGCUGGCUGUGUUCCAUGACCUGGAGGGCAUGUGGGGAGAACUCAGCCCCCAAAUCUGGACCUUCAUGGAGAACAGCCAAGAGAUGGACCUCGUCCGCACGCUGUUAGACAGCAGAGGCAAUGACCAGUUUUGGGAACAGAAGUUGGAUGGAUUAGAUUGGACUGCCCAAGACAUCAUGGCAUUUCUGGCCAAGAACCCAGAGGAUGUUCAGUCCCCAAAUGGCUCUGUAUACACGUGGAGAGAAGCUUUCAAUGAGACCAACCAGGCCAUCCAGACAAUAUCUCGCUUCAUGGAGUGUGUCAACCUCAACAAGCUGGAGCCCAUCCCGACAGAAGUCCGGCUCAUCAACAAGUCCAUGGAACUGCUGGAUGAGAGGAAGUUCUGGGCUGGUAUCGUGUUCACAGGAAUCACUCCCGGGAGUGUGGAGCUCCCCCACCAUGUCAAGUACAAGAUCCGGAUGGACAUUGACAAUGUUGAGAGGACUAACAAGAUCAAGGAUGGGUACUGGGACCCUGGUCCCCGGGCUGACCCCUUUGAAGAUAUGCGCUAUGUCUGGGGAGGCUUUGCCUACUUGCAGGAUGUUGUGGAGCAGGCGAUCAUCAGGGUGCUGACAGGAACUGAGAAGAAAACGGGUGUCUAUGUGCAGCAGAUGCCCUACCCGUGUUAUGUUGAUGACAUUUUCCUACGGGUAAUGAGCCGGUCAAUGCCCCUCUUCAUGACCCUGGCCUGGAUUUACUCUGUGGCUGUGAUCAUCAAGGGCAUUGUGUAUGAGAAGGAGGCACGGUUGAAGGAGACCAUGCGGAUCAUGGGCCUGGACAACGGCAUCCUCUGGUUUAGCUGGUUCAUUAGCAGCCUCAUCCCUCUGCUUGUGAGCGCUGGCCUGCUGGUGGUCAUCUUGAAGUUAGGAAACCUGCUGCCCUACAGUGACCCCAGUGUGGUGUUCGUCUUCCUGUCUAUGUUUGCUGUGGUGACCAUCCUGCAGUGCUUCCUCAUUAGCACGCUCUUCUCUCGGGCCAACCUGGCCGCAGCCUGUGGGGGCAUCAUCUACUUCACGCUGUACCUGCCCUACGUCCUAUGCGUAGCCUGGCAGGAUUACGUGGGCUUCUCCAUCAAGAUCUUCGCUAGUCUUCUGUCUCCUGUGGCUUUUGGAUUUGGCUGUGAAUAUUUUGCCCUUUUUGAGGAGCAAGGCAUCGGGGUACAAUGGGACAAUUUCUUUGAGAGUCCGGUGGAGGAAGAUAGCUUCAGUCUCACCACCGCAGUGUCCAUGAUGCUGUUUGACACCUUCCUCUAUGGGGUGAUGACGUGGUACAUCGAAUCUGUCUUUCCAGGACAGUAUGGGAUUCCCAGGCCAUGGUAUUUUCCUUGUACCAAGUCCUACUGGUUUGGUGAGGAAAGCGAUGAGAAGAGCCACCCUAGUUCUAGCCAGAAGGGAGUAUCAGAAAUCUGCAUGGAAGAGGAACCCACUCACCUGAGACUGGGUGUGUCCAUUCAGAACCUGGUGAAGGUUUACCGAGAUGGCAUGAAGGUGGCUGUGGAUGGCUUGACGCUGAAUUUUUACGAGGGCCAGAUCACCUCCUUCCUGGGGCACAAUGGAGCAGGGAAGACUACCACCAUGUCAAUACUCACCGGAUUGUUUCCCCCGACCUCGGGCACUGCCUACAUCCUGGGGAAGGACAUUCGCUCUGAGAUGAGCUCCAUCCGGCAGAACCUGGGAGUCUGUCCCCAGCAUAAUGUGUUGUUUGACAUGCUGACCGUUGAAGAGCACAUUUGGUUCUAUGCCCGCCUAAAGGGGCUUUCGGAGAAGCAUGUGAAAGCAGAGGUGGAGCAGAUGGCCCUGGAUGUUGGCUUACCCCCCAGCAAGCUGAAAAGCAAAACAAGUCAGCUGUCAGGUGGCAUGCAGAGGAAGCUGUCUGUGGCCUUGGCCUUCGUGGGUGGAUCCAAGGUUGUCAUUCUGGAUGAGCCCACAGCCGGUGUGGACCCUUACUCGCGCAGAGGAAUAUGGGAGCUCCUGCUGAAAUACCGACAAGGCCGCACCAUUAUUCUCUCUACACACCACAUGGAUGAAGCAGACAUCCUCGGGGACAGAAUUGCCAUCAUUUCCCAUGGGAAGCUGUGUUGUGUGGGCUCCUCCCUGUUUCUGAAAAACCAGCUGGGAACAGGUUACUACCUGACGCUGGUCAAGAAAGAUGUGGAAUCGUCCCUGAGUUCCUGCAGAAACAGCAGCAGCACUGUGUCAUGUCUGAAGAAGGUGGUGCCUGAGCUCCCCGCAGCUGGGCAGAGUGGAGGCAGAGGAGGAGAGGUGCAGAGGCUGGUGGCGCUGACUCAAGAUGUCUCCGCUAUCUCCAACCUCAUCAGGAAACACGUGUCUGAGGCGAGGCUGGUGGAGGACAUCGGGCACGAGCUGACCUACGUGCUGCCGUACGAAGCCGCCAAGGAGGGGGCCUUCGUAGAACUCUUCCACGAGAUCGAUGACCGGCUCUCAGACCUGGGCAUCUCCAGUUACGGCAUUUCAGAGACCACCCUCGAAGAAAUAUUCCUCAAGGUGGCCGAAGAGAGUGGGGUAGACGCUGAGACCUCAGAUGGUACUUUGCCAGCAAGACGAAACAGACGGGCCUUUGGGGACAAGCAGAGCUGUCUGCGUCCAUUCACUGAAGACGACGCUAUUGAUCCGAAUGACUCUGACAUAGAUCCAGAAUCCAGGGAGACAGACCUGCUCAGUGGCGUGGAUGGCAAGGGGUCCUACCAGCUGAAAGGCUGGAAGCUCACCCAGCAACAGUUCGUGGCCCUUUUGUGGAAAAGGCUGCUGAUUGCCAGGCGAAGCAGGAAAGGGUUCUUUGCUCAGAUUGUGCUGCCAGCUGUCUUUGUUUGCAUUGCCCUGGUGUUCAGCCUGAUUGUGCCACCCUUUGGCAAGUACCCCAGCCUGGAACUUCAACCCUGGAUGUAUAAUGAGCAGUAUACAUUUGUCAGUAAUGAUGCCCCGGAGGACACAGGCACCCAGGAACUCCUGAAUGCUCUAACCAGAGACCCAGGCUUCGGGACCCGCUGUAUGGAAGGAAACCCAAUCCCAGACACCCCUUGCUUGGUCGGGGAGGAGGACUGGACCACUGCCCCAGUUCCACAGACCAUCAUGGACCUCUUCCAAAAUGGGAACUGGUCAAUGAAGAAGCCCUCGCCUGCCUGUCAGUGUAGCAGUGACAAGGUCAAAAAGAUGCUGCCUGUGUGUCCCCCAGGAGCAGGGGGCCUGCCGCCUCCUCAGAGAAAACAGAACACUGCUGACAUCCUUCAGAAUCUGACCGGAAGGAACAUUUCAGAUUAUCUGGUGAAGACGUAUGUGCAGAUCAUAGCAAAAAGCUUAAAGAAUAAGGUCUGGGUGAAUGAGUUUCGGUAUGGUGGAUUUUCUCUGGGUGUCAGUAAUUCUCAAGCACUUCCUCCGAGUCAAGAAGUUAAUGAUGCUAUCAAGCAAGUGAAGAAAGUCCUGAAGCUGACUAAGGGCAGCUCUGCAGAUCGGUUUCUCAGCAGCCUGGGAAGGUUCAUGACAGGACUGGAUACCAAAAACAACGUCAAGGUAUGGUUCAAUAACAAGGGCUGGCACGCUAUCAGCUCUUUCCUGAAUGUCAUCAACAAUGCCAUUCUCCGGGCCAACCUCCAGAAGGGAGAGAAUCCGAGCCAGUAUGGGAUUACUGCUUUCAAUCAUCCCCUGAACCUCACUAAGCAGCAGCUCUCGGAGGUGGCUCUGAUGACCACAUCUGUCGACGUCCUUGUGUCCAUCUGUGUCAUCUUUGCGAUGUCCUUUGUCCCAGCCAGCUUUGUUGUGUUCCUGAUCCAGGAGCGGGUGAGCAAAGCCAAACACCUUCAGUUCAUCAGCGGUGUGAAGCCCGUCAUCUACUGGCUCUCCAAUUUUGUCUGGGAUAUGUGCAAUUAUGUGGUUCCUGCUACUCUGGUCAUUAUCAUCUUCAUCUGCUUCCAGCAGAAGUCCUACGUGUCCUCCACCAACCUGCCUGUCCUAGCCCUUUUGCUUUUGCUGUAUGGGUGGUCCAUCACACCUCUCAUGUACCCAGCCUCCUUUGUGUUCAAGAUCCCCAGCACAGCCUAUGUGGUCCUCACCAGUGUAAACCUCUUCAUCGGCAUCAAUGGCAGCGUGGCCACUUUUGUACUGGAGCUCUUUACCAACAAUAAGCUGAAUAACAUCAAUGACAUCCUGAAGUCUGUGUUCCUCAUCUUCCCACAUUUUUGCCUGGGGCGAGGGCUUAUUGACAUGGUGAAAAACCAGGCGAUGGCUGAUGCCUUGGAGAGGUUUGGAGAGAAUCGCUUUGUGUCUCCACUGUCUUGGGACUUGGUGGGACGAAACCUUUUUGCCAUGGCCGUGGAAGGAGUGGUGUUCUUCCUCAUUACUGUUCUGAUCCAGUACAGAUUUUUCAUCAGGCCCAGACCUGUAAAGGCGAAGCUCCCUCCUUUGAAUGAUGAGGAUGAGGAUGUGAGGCGGGAGAGACAGAGAAUUCUGGAUGGUGGAGGGCAGAAUGACAUCCUGGAGAUCAAGGAACUGACAAAGAUCUACAGAAGGAAGCGGAAGCCAGCCGUUGACAGGAUUUGCGUUGGCAUUCCUCCUGGAGAGUGCUUUGGACUCCUGGGAGUUAAUGGAGCUGGGAAGUCAACAACUUUCAAGAUGCUGACUGGAGAUACCAUUGUUACCAGAGGGGAUGCUCUCCUUAACAAAAACAGCAUCUUAUCAAAUAUCCAUGAAGUACAUCAGAACAUGGGCUACUGCCCUCAGUUCGAUGCCAUCACAGAGCUGCUGACUGGGAGAGAACACGUGGAGUUUUUCGCCCUCUUGAGGGGAGUCCCAGAAAAAGAAGUUGGCAAGGUUGGUGAAUGGGCAAUCCGCAAACUGGGCCUUGUAAAGUAUGGAGAAAAAUAUGCCAGUAACUAUAGUGGAGGCAACAAACGAAAGCUCUCCACAGCCAUGGCUCUGAUUGGUGGGCCUCCUGUGGUGUUUCUGGAUGAACCGACCACAGGCAUGGACCCCAAAGCCCGGAGAUUCCUGUGGAAUUGUGCCCUAAGUAUUGUCAAGGAGGGGAGAUCUGUAGUCCUUACAUCUCAUAGUAUGGAAGAAUGUGAAGCUCUUUGUACAAGGAUGGCCAUUAUGGUCAAUGGGAGGUUCAGGUGCCUUGGCAGUGUGCAGCAUCUGAAAAACAGGUUUGGAGAUGGUUAUACGAUAGUUGUACGAAUAGCAGGAUCCAACCCUGACCUGAAGCCUGUCCAGGAGUUCUUUGGACUUGCCUUUCCGGGAAGUGUCCUAAAAGAGAAACAUCGAAACAUGCUCCAGUACCAGCUUCCAUCUUCCUUGUCAUCCUUGGCCAAGAUAUUCAGCAUCCUUUCCCAGAGCAAAAAACGACUCCAUAUAGAAGACUACUCCGUCUCUCAGACAACACUUGACCAAGUUUUUGUGAACUUUGCCAAGGACCAAAGUGAUGAUGACCACUUAAAGGACCUGUCAUUACACAAAAACCAGACAGUCGUCGAUAUGGCCGUUCUCACAUCCUUUUUGCAAGAUGAGAAAGUGAAAGAAAGUUACGUAUGAAGAGUACUAUUUACACAGGGUGAUUGAAAGGAAGGGAGAGCUAGAUCUUCCUUUGCACUUUGUCAAGUGUUCCAGAAGAAAGAGGUGUCCCUCGUUCCUGUGGAGAGAAACAAACUGGAUACUGUACUGACACUAUUCAAUGCAAUGCAAUUCAAUGCAAUGAGAACACAAUUCCAUUACAGGGGCAGUGCCUUUGUAGCCUAUGUCUUGUAUGGCUCUCUAGUGACAAUGACUUGAAGUUAGUUCAUUACCUUCUACAGAUGUGAAACUCUGGUAUGGAACCAAGCAGACUGUAGGUUUGGAUUCAUACUUUUUCUUCCUGUGUAUUCUCACUGGGAUUGCAACAACAAUCCAUCAAGUAGUCAUGGCCAGUGAUAGUCAAAAGUCAAAGGCAUGCACAUCCUCAUCCAUUAAGCCAUGCUGAACCACAAAACUUAUUUCCUGGUGACACAUCCAUUGCUGGCAAUGAGUGUGCCAGAAUUAUUAGUGCCAAGUUGCUCAGAAAGACUGAAGCACUGAGGUGUGUCACAAACACUUUUGUGAAAGCCGCCCUGCUGUCUGUGGACAUCAUUAAAUAUCAGGUGACAAAAUGGUGCCAAGUGUGACUAAAGCCCCACUUUGGUCCUCCCCUUGAUGAGCUGCUGUUGUGGCUGUCUUGUUCAAAAUGUGGAUCUCUCUAAACACGGGAACUUGGUUUUGGUGUUCAGUGUUGCCCGUGUUUGGAGUCAUGGUCACCAGGUCAUCUUUCGGAGACUUUUUCAAACACAUUUGAUCCUCAUAAGAAACUCAGCAGCAAAACUGCUGGGGCUGCAAGCUGCUCAGUACAGGGUGUGACAUGAAAGAGCUGGUGCAUUUCCACAUGGGAGGUCUGGGUCUCUUUGUCCUGGCUCUCUGCUAACACAACUCGGUACACUGCAUCCCAAGAUCCUUUAUUAUUUGACAUAAAUGUAGUAUUGUUGCUAACUGUUUGAAUUAACCUGAAAAAUGGAGAGGUGGAAUUUUAUUUUGACUUUGCAUUAUUAGUAUUAUUUGGAAUUUUAACUUCUCAAUGGCUUCUGGAACCUUAGAACCAUCUGUGUAGAUGUGUGUGGCAUAGAAGAAUGUGGCCACACAGCCUCAUGCCUUAUUUCUUGGUGAAUUUGCAGGUGGAAUGUGUGAGUAGUGCUAGCGUGACAGGCAACAGUGUGUAGUCAGCAUCUCAUGCCGUACUUUAAGGUCCUGUAGAAAAGUUUUCAGGUUUUAGGUUGAAUGUUUUUAGAGUGUAAUCCCUAUGCAGACAUGUGGAUAGGAAUGAGGGGGGAGCUAGCAGAUUCUCUGUACCAUGUGUUCAGCUGACUGAUUUACAAAUAUAGAUGGUUUUGUUAAAUCCACUGAAAGAAUAUGGCCACACCCUUGCCCGCUUGAUAGCAUCAAUACAAAAGCCAAGAAGGGUAACCAAACAGUGGACUCUUUCAAGGAGAAAACAGCCAGCUUGAAAUUUCUUGGAUACAAUUUGUGCUUGUAACCUUUGGCACCUUCAGAAUAAUUGGUUUUUCAGGAUUAGACACCCACUUAAACCUCUGACAGUCUUAAAUGUUUCAUCUCUUCAGUCAUUCAACAAUCAUGAAACAAAAAAACCAACAAACUAUUCCACAUGGAAUAUUUUUCAGACUUUUCUAACCCAGGUUUAUUUUUUCCAUCUGCAAGCAGUGUAAAAAAAUGUUAUUUUAUCAAUGCUCAACGAUGUCUCUCCUUCAUAUAAACAAACUUUGCUGUAUGGCAAAGUUCAAGUGACCUUUUGCCAUCACUAGUUUCUUCAACUUAGUCAAAAUGUAGUUAAUAAAUUUGGAAGUAUAAGGUUUCGGAUCUAUUUCAAAUUAAAUUUAUAUAAUGUUAGGUAACUCACUGCUUGGAAAGAAAAGUUACUAUUUUGAUAAUAAUGUCAACAGAGGUUUCUAAAAUGACAUGAAAGUAUGUUUCCAAUAGUUACUGGGAUUCCACUGUUUUUUUAUGUAUCAAAGAUAAAAAAUUCAAAGAAAAUAUUUUUUAAAAUCAAACGUUUGUUGGCUUUCUCAGUCCACUGUCAUCAUAUUCUAACUUUUCAUUACACUACAGCCCUGAGCAAAUCCUUGUUUCAAUUACUCUGAUUUUGAUGCCACACUAAAGACAAACAACAACUAAAGACUAAUGCACUGGGAACCAUUUUGAAAAAAACUAAAUUCAAUGUAGAUUUAAAAUCUGUUCUGAAGUUAGAGGCAAUCUGUAGGUGUUGUUUUUACAGUACCUUUUACACUAUCCCAAUAGCAAUCUUCCAUUUUUUUGUGUAAACAAUCACUUUAGAGAUUUCAGAAAUCAAUCCUAUCUUUAAAUAAGAUUCUCUUAUAGUCCCUAUGGAGAUGUACUAUGUGAGUUUAGAAAUUCUCAAGAACAAACUUCUGAUUACUUUUUUUUUCUUUAAUCUUGGAGUACUUACUAACUGUGAAUAUGGAAAGUCAAAAGAAAGAGAGCCUUCUCUACAUACAUACCCAGCACAAUUCAUUAUGACAGAAACAAACCUCAGCUACUGUAUUUUGAUACCUGUACUGAAAGCAUAUGCCUCGUGACCACUCAAUGUUGUACAUCAUUUGCUCUCUGUGUAGCAGUCACUGACUUACAGGGAUUGUCUGUUGUCUUCUCGUGGUUGUAUAUAUCAGGUAAAAUUGUUCCAAAGAGCCAUGUGUUGUAUAAUGGGGAAUCACUUUGAUACUGAAAUACUAAUUUGUACUCUUGUUAAUAUUUACUGGCAAUGGUGUAAUGCCACAGUAAUACUGUUCAGAUUCAAAACUGUUGCUUCCCUUUUUAUAGAACAUUUAUAUUUCCAUAGGACUCGAUAUGUCCUUUUCCCAAUUACCCUAGGAUGAAGCUGGUUUUGUGCUUUUUCUUUAUCAUUGGCCCUCAUUCCAAGCACUUUAUGCUGUCUGUAAUGGAUCUAUUUUUGCACUGGAAUAUCUGAGAUUUGCAAAACUAGACAAGAGUUUCAGAGCAGAUUUCUAAGUUAAAUCAUUUUCAUUAAAAGGGAAAAAACUGAAAAAAAAUUUGUAUUGCCAAUAACUUUAUAUGAAGAGUUUUAAAAGCCUGUUUCUAUGUUAUGAGUCACAAAAUAAAGCUGUGACAGUUCUGCUGGUCUAUACAAA